CGAAACUCAAACACAUAAACUCAACUUCAAAACUCAAUGGCCACCACUCCUCUCCUCCUCCUUCUCCUCACCGCCGUCUUCCUCUCCGCGGAGAUAACCGCUCAACCCGCUGCUCCGGCUCCUGGCCCUGCCGGUCCCAUCAACAUCACGGCAAUCCUCGAAAAAGGCGGUCAAUUUGUUACUCUUAUCCGACUUUUAAACACAACUCAAAUCGGAAACCAAAUCAACAUCCAAAUCAACAGUUCAUCGGAAGGCAUGACCGUGUUGGCACCAACAGACAAUGCUUUUCAAAACCUUAAACCUGGAACCCUAAACAAGUUAAGCCCGGACGACCAAGUCAAACUCAUUCUUUACCAUGUUAGUCCAAAAUUCUACACAUUGGAAGAUCUCCUCUCGGUUAGUAACCCGGUCAGGACUCAAGCUUCAGGUCGAGACGUUGGUGGGGUUUACGGACUUAACUUCACCGGUCAAGGGAACCAAGUCAAUGUAUCUACCGGUAUCGUUGAGACACGUCUCAGUACUUCAUUAAGACAAGAACGUCCUCUUGCGGUUUACGUGGUGGACAAGGUAUUGUUGCCGGAAGAGAUGUUCGGAGAACGCAAGAUCUCACCGGUGGCGCCUCCUCCGAAAUCUAAAUCUCCUGAUGUCUCCGAUGAUUCAGACUCCUCUAAGAAAGCGGCUGCUCCGUCACAGUCAGAGAAGUCUGGCUCCGGUGAGAUGAAUACUGGAUUAGGGUUUGGUCUUGGACUUGUUGUGUUGUGUUUGAAAUUCCUCUUUUGAGUUUGUUUCCAUAUAUUGAUUUCAUUGUGCGGUUUGUAAUAAGAAAUUUCUUUAUAUGUUGAAUAUGAUGCAUGAUUCGAAAAGUGAAAUAAGAGAUUAUUAUUUCG